GCCGGGCCCCGCGGCUCGGGAUGCUGCUGCCAGCCCGCGAGCCGCCCUCCACGCCUGCCCCCGCCGCCGGGGCCGCGCCUCGCUGUUUACAUGUCGGUGGAGCCCGGGUCCCCCGAGGGUGAAAGCAGCCGGACUGAUUCCUCAGACCCGGGGCUCCGGACUCAGAACCUCUACUGCCCCUCAGCCUCUGCCGCCAUCUGGACUGGAUCCGGCUCUGGUGUUUUUUGAGGAGGGGGUGUGGUGUCGGGAAAGGAAUCCUGGGGAUUUCUAGGAUCCCACCUCUUUUUCUUUUUUGGCCCUGCGGGCUUCAUACUCAGGGAAUUCGCUCAUGGCUUUUUUGAUGAAGAAGAAGAAAUUCAAAUUCCAAACCACUUUCACCCUGGAGGAGCUGACUGCGGUCCCCUUCGUGAACGGGGUCCUCUUUUGCAAGGUCCGGCUGCUGGAUGGCGGGGACUUUGUCAGCUUGUCGUCCAGGGAGGAGGUGCAGGAGAACUGUGUAAGGUGGCGGAAGAGGUUCACCUUUGUGUGUAAAAUGAGUGCCAACCCAGCCACAGGCCUGCUGGAUCCCUGCAUCUUUCGAGUGUCUGUGCGAAAGGAGCUGAAAGGUGGGAAGGCUUAUUCCAAGCUGGGCUUCACUGACUUGAACCUGGCUGAGUUUGCAGGCUCAGGCUCCACCGUCCGCUGCUGCCUGUUGGAGGGAUAUGACACCAAGAACACCCGCCAGGACAACUCGAUCCUCAAGGUCACCAUUGGCAUGUUCCUGCUCUCUGGAGACCCCUGUUUCAAGACGCCACCAUCCACUGCCAAGUCCAUCUCCAUCCCAGGCCAGGACUCGUCUCUGCAGCUGACAUGUAAAGGUGGUGGAACCAACAGUGGCGGCAGCAGUAGCACCAGUUCCCUGACUGGGUCCUGGCCCCCCAAGGCCCGGCCUACCAUCCUAGGCUCAGGACUGCCAGAGGAGCCAGACCAGAACCUGUCCAGUCCUGAGGAGGUGUUCCACUCUGGCCACUCCCGAAACUCCAGCUAUGCCAGCCAGCAGUCCAAGCUGUCUGGCUAUAGCACAGAGCACUCUCGCUCCUCCAGCCUGUCUGACUUGACCCACCACAGAAACACAUCCACUAGCAGCAGCGCCUCUGGUGGCCUCAGCAUGACUGUAGAGGGUCCUGAGGGCAUUGAGAGGGAGCACCGGCCCCUUGAGAAGCCACCUCGGCCGCCUGAGAAGCCACCACGACCUCCACGGCCCUUGCAUCUGUCAGACCGCUCAUUUCGGCGAAAGAAGGACUCCGUGGAGAGCCACCCAACCUGGGUGGAUGAUACUCGCAUUGAUGCAGAUGACAUUGUGGAGAAGAUCAUGCAGAGCCAGGACUUCACUGACGGCAGCAACACUGAGGACAGUAACCUUCGGUUAUUUGUGAGCCGUGAUGGCUCCACCACACUGAGUGGCAUUCAGCUGGCCAACAGAGUCUCCUCUGGAGUCUAUGAGCCAGUCGUGAUUGAAAGCCACUGAGGGACCAGUUGUCCAGCUGAAGAAGGGUCCUUCCAUCUCUGGUAUCCAGGCCAGUGGCAUUCCUGGAGGAGCAGGAACCUGCCCUUUGGAUCUGCUCUGCAUUGCAUCUGUGCCUCCUGCUACUCUAGUCACACCAGCCCCCAAAGCAUCAUUCCAUUGUCCUCCCAUCCACUCUGGAACCACUGGUCCUGGGUGCCACUAUGAAUAUUGUCCUCAGAACCACUAGAAAAUGGAGCAAGAUGGAACUAGCAGGGACUGUCCUAACUGGAUAGGAUCUGGGCCCAGCGAAAGACACGUAGCUCCUUCAUGUCGGGGUGCUUGUGGCUUACCCCACCUUCCCAUGACCCACUUUAGGAGCAACAGCUUCAGCCAGGCUGACAGGGCCCCUUGCUCCAUUGCCCUUGCCCUUUAGAAGCUGGACCAUCUCCAGAGUGUUGUCACCUAUGACCCUCUGCUUAGUGCUUUACCGUCCUGUCUCUUUAUCCUGAGGAGAUAAACCUGCUGGCAGCUUUCUCCUGGGAGCCAAGACCUCAGACCCUGCAUUCCGGAUUGAGACCCCACCUUUGUCAUCAAAUGAUCUCCUGCUGCUCUGCAGCCUGCACUUUGCACAUGCUUGUCCUCAGCACAGCCUCUGGCCCUUGCUCUUCUCCAGGAAUCCUGGGUGCUGUCUGCUGUGCAACUAGACCUAGGAUACAGUAGCCCGGCUGGAACGUGGCACUGUCCUUCCCCUCUAAUUUAUCCUCAGCUCAGACCUGACCAGAGCGUAGAAAGGUCUGAGCAUCAUGGUGCCAUCUGCUCAGGGCUGGGUCCUGAGCAGCUGGCCUUCCUGCAGGAAAGGAAGGGUGAGGUCCAGCUGUGCUGGGUAAACAAAGGCCUUUUCCUCUGCUCUCAUGUCAACAGAUCUGGGCUGGGUUCCAAGCUAGAGAGGCAGUCAGCCAGGUGGGCUGUGACUGGAUGGACUGCCAGACAAGCCUCAGCCCUCCUCUGGGCAAGGGGCAUGCUUUCCCUGAGGAGACUAGCCUUGUGCCCUGCCCAGGCCUUCUCCUUACUGCCCAUCUUCUUGGUACCUCCCCGACCCCCACCACUUUCCGUCUGUCCUGUAGUUUGCUUGAAAGAGGGCACUGGCUGCCAGUUCCACCAUGGAUAAACUCCACCCUUUAAGUUUCACUCGUUUUUGUAUCAACCCAGCAGGCUGGUGUUUCCUUUGCCCUUUAGGUGUUUUCCUUUUCCUCCUGAGUUCACAGUUCUGUAUCCCCUGCACCCCCAGCAAGGGUAGGGAUAGGUGCCUCUGUUCCCCAUUCCACCUGCACCCCAGCAGGGCUGGGGACAGGGGUGUAUGGGACACUGGUUCUGUGGGUGAGGAUGGCUGGACUCCCCAGGUCGGGAGGUUCCUUGCCCAGUUUUUGUCUUUCUCAGCUAGCAAAAGUUGGGGCUGUGGUCUUGGAACUUGCUGGGGUUGGGACCAGAGCAUUUCUAGGGAUUUUGUUGCCAUUAUUUUAAUCACCUGAUUACUUUUUAAAAAAAUGAAUGUUAGAAGAUGCUGCCAAGGCAGGACAGAACAUGGCUAGAGAAGGUUCUGUCAGCUCAGAGAGUCCCUUCCUGCUCAGCAGGUACCUGGCACUUUAAGGGACACUGACCGCUCUGUUUCUGGGUGAGAUGACCCCCAUAAGAUGGAGAGAGCACUGUUCUUGUCUGUGACUUGCCCAAUCUGAGCAUUAUUUUUGUCUGGUUCAAAAUUCCAGGUCUCCAAACACAAAGCAGUUGGUACUGUCAGGAAGACUCCUUCAAACUAAGAAUCCCUGCCCAACCCAAGCCAGGGUCUGACCUAGAUGGUCACUCCAGAAGUAGACAAGAGCCUGCCACAUUCUCCUGUUCCAGGCACUGGGCAGAAAACAUGGCCAUAACCAAAUGAACACUGGCAGGAGCCAGAGGUUAAGAGCCUUUCCUCUUGAUCUCAGUGAUUCCCACGGGUGCCCAGAGCACCUGGACUUCAGAUUCUAUAUACAGAGAUAGAAUAUAUUAGAGAUAUUUUUGGAAAUGAAUUGGUCUAUGCAAUGUCAGUUUGGAACCUUCUUGAGAGACAGUUUAAUGUUUCUACUAGGGAGAUACAAAGAUCUACAAUAUUUUUAGGAUUUUCUGGUUACCCCACAACUGACCACAUACUGCAUGGUCUGGCAGGGUGGAGAAACCAGUCUUCCUCCGUGGGGAGGUGACUGGGGAGGAGGGUUUGCUGCUGUUCUACUCCCCUCUUUUCUAACAGUGUUACCACUGCUACCCAUUCCAUGGGCUGUUUAUAUCUCUGUCUCGGCUUACAGUAGAAAAUGAUGUCAUAUGGGGAAAUCAGCCUAGUGUCAAAUGUUUGGACAUUAAACGUUGAUGUUUUUGUUA